AUGCGUUGGACAGUCGUUCUUUCAAUUCUCUCGUUUCUAUCAGCUGGACCGGUGCAAGUUUCGGCAAUGCAAAAAGCUGGGCUAGCACUUCCAGAUCCUGUAUUGGCCUCGAAAUACCGCGACUUGGUCAAGGACAUUUUCAGGACGAGCUACGCCGCUUAUAAGCAAUACGCGUGGGGCCAUGAUAAUCUCGCUUCUAAAAGCCGGUCGUAUUCUGACGCUCGGAAUGGCUGGGGUGCUUCCAUUAUCGACGCUAUGAGCACUAUGUAUGUUAUGGACCUGGGUGACCUCCUCAACGAUGCUAUUGCCUACGUUGGUACCGUCAAUUUUCGCUCAUCAAAGACUUUGGAUCACGUCAGGUAUAUCGUAGGCUUUUAUAGCAUCUUCGAGACGACAAUACGGUAUCUUGGGGGCAUUCUUAGCGUUUAUGAACUCCGGGGAUCCAAGGAUAAGGUGCUUCUUAAGCAGGCUGUCGACCUUGGCGAUAAGAUGGCCUAUCCCUGGGUCGGGGACAAUAACCUACCUUUUGGUACAAUUGAUUUCACGUCAGACAAGCCUGAUGUCGAUACGGCAAGUACGAACAUCGCUGAAGCUGGUACAUUACUCAUGGAAUGGGCUACGUUAAGCGCAUAUACCGGCAACGACACAUACCGCAAACUGGCCGACAAAGCCAUACGCCAUAUAGCGGGUCAGGACGCUCCCUUCCCCGGUCUCGCUGCGCAAAUUAUCGAUCCGUCUUCAGGAAAAUUUGUAGGGGGAUACGUCGGCGGCGGUUCUGACAGCUACCUCGAAUACCUGCUCAAGUAUGCACAACUUGCGGACCCCGAAGAUCGUCUUUAUAUUGAUACCUGGGCAACGGCUGUAGAUUCUUCUAUCCAGUAUCUAUUAUCGCGUUCCACUGUUGGCAAUCAUCUUUACACUCGUGAUUAUGAUGCGUCAUCGAAGACAUUUUACGACGUCGGCUCACAUUUGGCUUGUUUUCAUGCUGGCAACUGGUUGUACGGCGGAACUAUCCUUCAAAAUCAGACUAUUGUAAAUACUGCCCUGGAACUACUGGAUGGAUGUUGGAAUACGUACGCCAGCACAGAGACAGGGAUAGGGCCUGAAGCCUUCGCUUACAUCACUCCCGAACAGAGCGACAGAUCACUCUCAUCGAAUCAACGGUUGUUUUACGAUAAACAUGGGUUCUACAUCACAUCCUCUUCCUAUAUCCUUAGACCAGAAGUCCUCGAAUCAAACUUCUAUGCUUGGAGAAUAACCGGAGAUUCCAAGUAUCUUGAUCGGGUGGCCAAAGCAGUCGACAAUUUCCAGAAAUACCUGCGAACAGACGUUGCAUACGAUGGUAUCUACAACGUGGAUGACCAGACGCCGACCAUGGUUAACAAUAUGGAGAGUUUCUGGUUUGCGGAGGUGUUGAAGUAUCUGUAUCUGACGUUUGAUGAUCCUACAAACAUGAGCAUCGACGAUUGUUAG